AUGGGGAGCUCGCAGGGCCCUGCUGACCUCACAGCGCUAAUCUCUCGGCUCACAGCGCUAAACUUCGGCUUACAUGCUAAAAGCGGAACUUAUAUGCCGGAAGCGGAACUCAUGCUAAGACUACUAGCGCGGAUUCGAGAAGUAGUUAAUAGCUUUAACGGAACAGUUAGACUAGAGGAGGAUUCUAGCUCGGACGAUAAGGAUGGAUUUAAGUCGAUUCUCCCGUACAACCCUGCUACUCCGAAGAAACGCGGCCGGGAGGAAGAUGUUAAUAAAACGCCGGAAGAGCAGACUAACGGGCAGCCUAGAUUCCCUAUGUAUAAGGGCAAUGUUAAGUCGAAGAAGAAGAGGGGCAACAAGGGAGGAGAGGUUAUUUAUAGGAAGGGAGACGUAAAAUACUCCGAGGCUAUAGCGCACUAUAAGACCAUCUGGAACAAGGCCUUCCCGUGCGCGAUCUGCAAGGAUCUUAGGAAUGCCGAAUACUUCGAAAUUAAGGAGUACCUAGGCUAG